GAUAUUGACAAUUUAAACUCGGUCACGGGUCAGUAUCAAGAAAAUGAUUUGAAAAUGAAAGUGAUUUGGUGUUGUAGUCUCCAUUAAGGAUGGAUAUACACACGUCUUAUGCACCUUAGCAUGGAAGAACACAUAUUUUAGAGACACUGAGAGUUUUGAAUAUUCACCAAAAAUGACUCUCCAUUUGAAUGGUAUUCCAAAGAGUACAUGUACUCCACAGGAUAUAAUAAAUCUAUUUAGCUCAGUUGCCCAAAUAAAACGAGUUGAAAUAAAUCAGGAACAUGGACGUGCCAGAGUUGAACUAUAUGACAAAACAUCUACUUCAUUUGUUGUCAGCAAGAAAUGGACAAUUAAUGGAGCAGAGUUACAUGUUGCAGAGUCAGACCACGCCAGUGAAGAAAGAAAGAACAAAAAACCAAAUAAUGAAACCAAAAUACAAGUAGCUAAAGUUUUAAAAGCUAGGACCACUACAUGUAUCGAGAUGCCAUAUCAGAUAUAUAAGAGUAAUGCAAAUUUAUUUUGGACUGAUAUACCACACCAAAAAGCUAGAAUAAGGACAAAAAAGAUGAAAACCAAAACCAAGUUUUAUAGAGGAAUCCCCCCAAAAACUCAAACAGAAUAUAUGACAGAAUAUAUGAUGGGAAGGUUUAAAAAAGCAAAGCCGAUACAGAAAAGGAAUUCCAAAAAAAAGAAAACUAAUCGGAAAGACUUCAGUGAUCAUUUCAAUUCCCUUACACUGGAUAAAUUUAUCGAGUAUGUUGACACAGUAAUCAAAGAAAUUUGUAUGUCAAAAAAGGAAGAUGGAUACAUAACAAGCAAGAAUUUGGAACGAAAAAUAAAAAGACAUACUACAAAGAAAAUAAACAAAGAGGAUUCCAAUUUGACGAUUAAUACACAAUUUCACUUUAGUAGAAAUCCGGAACAGACAACAAUAAUUCCGAAUUUUAUUCCUCUAUGCAUGUGGUUCAACGAGAAAUUGAGUGUCAUCUGGUGUGAUUUAUAUUCUGUAACUCUGUUUGCAUUAAAAGAUCAAAUCAAAACGGGGACUGGAAUACCAACAGAGUUACAACUGUUAUUAUACAGAGGAAAAUUCUUGAAUACAGAUUACCCCCUCGAAUUUACGCCCUAUGAUAAUAUUCUCAUUAUUGUCAAAGGAAGAGGUGGAAUGAAGAGCUCUGAUAUUGGUAUAUCACCAAAUAGUUCAGAGAAAGAUGUUGCGCUAUGGUUAAAAAACGAAGUUGGCGUAAAGGAGGAAAUUCUCAUGAAGUAUGGUACUCUCUCUGCGUUGGAUGGUGAAACAUUGUUUUCUUACAGAGGAGAUAACAUUGAUGCCUUCAUGUCGGACACUGAUAUUCCGGUAGGCAUCGCAAGAAAGAUUUUAGGCUUAAGAGAUAAGAAAUGUGAAGGAAUUUCAAAUAGAAUUCUAGAAUAUAACCCAGAACAAAUAGCAAAGUUUAUUCAAACAGUUCUUAAUGCAAAAAAUGAAGAAAUUGAAAGGCUUUGCCAAGGUAUCAUUGAAAAGCACAUAGAUGGGUAUGUGUUUUACAUUUAUGCGGAUGAGAAACAAUUUCAAAGUGAUUUUAGUGAUUUAAACAUAAAAGGGGUGUAUUUUAAAAAAGCUAUUUUAAAGCGCAAUGCAGAAUUCGGAAUCCGAUUUCACGCCAUACCCUCUGGUUCUGAAGACAUGUCUACAAGUGCACAUUUUAUACCAAUUCAAGAAGAACACUCAAAUGUUGGAACCCCAUCUGACUCUGUACAUUAUCCUCUGCAAGAGGAUGAUUCAAAUCAAUCGGAUAAAAACCCAUACAAAGAAGUUCUUUGUUCGUUACUUUUUUUGAAAAAAAUAUCAGAACGCGAUUGCGAGCCAUGUCAAUUGAGAAUCAUAUAUGGGGCAUGGACAAACCUGAAUGAAUUGGAGAAAAAGUUCGUAUUUUUCCUUUUAUGUCGAGAGGACGAGUUUAUAGAAAAGCAACAACAAAGUGGCCUAUGGAAGCAGAUAAAUUAUAAGAUGCUUCAAUGGCUUGAGCUUCUUCCUCAGGGCAAAAGAAUUUUAUUUUCUGAGAGCAGACAGUGUGGUUUAAUCACUUUUAACAGAAAGAAUAUACAUAUGUCCAAAAACUGUAAAGUGGCAUUCGUUAUGGACAAGGACUGCGAGUCUAUUUUAAAAUUUGACGUCCCUUAAAUUUUGAUAAGCAAAAACAUAUUUCAAAGUGAAAGAAACUGUUUUGUAUCAGAUUUAUCUAGACACCCGAAAGCCCCUGAGCGAUUUUAUUUUUCCUGGAAACCAUCAGAGACAUAUUUUGUUUUUGACCCGGAAGAUUAUUCUGAAGGAUUUCAAAGACAAAAAUUAUGUACAAUAAAUUGUAUUGAAAAAAUGCAAAACCUUACUAAGGAAUCAGACGAAAGAGAAAUUAAUAAUAUUCAAGUUAGCAACACCGUAGUAAAGGUACCAGACAUUGGAGCAUCUGAAACUAAAGAGGAAAUUCUCAGUCAAGUUCAAGGUAAAUCGGAUAGUGUCGAUGUCAACGAAAAUAUGUCAUUGAGUGAAAAUGCAGAAAUUAAUGUUCGGUGUCCAGCCUCAACUAAACAACCAAAAGCCAAUGACAUAAACAUCGAUAUUCAGAUUCCGAGAGAUUUUAAAAAAGACUCUGAAUAUGUGAUAUAUUAUGAAGGAAGAAUAUUUAGCCAACCAGAAAAUGAUGGAACACUUUCCUUGAGGUGUAUCGAGUUUAAAUCGUUUUUCACAUGUAUAAACAAAUCAAAGGAAAAUAGACUUAUUAAAUUUCAGACAGAGGUUUUACGAUUUGCUUGUGGCUGUCUAAAUGCAAGAAAAAAUGGAACAAUUUACUUUGGUGUUGCAGACGAUGUACAAAAAAUUGAUGGUGAAGAAUACAAGCAUGGACAAGUUGUCGGUUUUCAAAUUAGUGAAUCUGAUUGUGAUAAAAGAUCAAAGUAUACUGAUGCACUAAGAGAGGGGAUUUCAAGAUGUUUUUACAGUGAUACAGUUGAUAUUGCUCAAAAAUGUAUAUCAAAUCCUAUAUUUGUUAAAGUAUCGAUUCCAGGGGAAAAGUUUUUUCGCUUUGUGAUGGAAGUGGAUGUAGAAAUUUUAUCUAUCAAAUGCAAAAAUCAUCAUUUUAAAGUUAAUUUAAAAAAUAUAAAGAAUAUAACAAAUAAAUCUAUCGAGAAUAAAUUUGUGCUUUAUUUGCGAAAGGGCUCAACAACAGAACGCCUUGUCAAUGAAAAAGAACAGCUUUUUAUUAAAGCAGAGUUACCAGAAAUUGUAAGUGAGAGAAAUUGUUUUGAAAAUCAAGGAAAACAGGAGUCAGUUUUUCAAUCAGAAGAUCUAGCCACAAAAUUAGAACGCCUUCUUACAAGAGGGACAUAUAAAUUUGAUAAGCGGCUUUGGCCAUUACUUGUUCUAGGAAAACCAAACGAUGAACAGAAAAUGAAUGAAAAUUAGGGUAUGAGCAUGUCUUUCAUAAAGAGAAUUCAAUUUACUGCUGUUUUUGAUUUUGAUGAUCUUUCAAAUAAAAAUGGCCUUUGCUGCUUGCACAGAAACCCUGAACGAUCUUCUAUUUAUACGGAACGCCUGUUUCAUGAAAACGCUGGAAAUCUACAAGAA